AUGUGUCGAGAACGAGAAAUCGAUCAAAAUCAAGUUGAUAAUACAGCCAUGGAGCAAUAUAAUCAAUUAUUAGAACAACUUCAUAGUGAAUUGAAUGAAUUACUUAUGACUACAGCUCAUUUACAAGAAGAAAGUAUACGCCUUGAACAUGAAGCACGUAAAUUAAUUAAUGAAAAUAUGCAAGUACAAAUUGAAGCACGUUUACUUAAAGAAAAAUAUCGUCAUCGACGACGACAUUCAUUACCUCUAGGAACAAGUCGUUUAAAUUUUCGUCAAUUAAAACGACAAAUACAACGUCAACGUCAAAGUUUUAAUCGUUUUGAACGUCGUUUACGCGCAAAAUAUGAACAACCAUUACAUGAAAUUGUUUCCAAUUCAACAACAUAUCAACAACAGCGUCGUAGUCGCCGUAUUCGAUCUAUCCCAUCAGAAUCUAUCGAUUAA